GUGUCCCAAAACGAAGCUGCCAUCAGGCAAUUACAAACAUACAUCCGGGUGUUAAGGAAAAAGUACCCAGACAAGACAUUAAUACUCGACCAACUCAAAAUAAGAGAACUUGAAAUAGCCAAAUCGCUUAAAGAAAUCCCAUCAAUAAACAAGAAUUUACAAAAGGAUCCAGGGAAUGUCUCUAAAGAGGAAUGGAAACGUGAUAGACUGAAACAUAUGCAGCUGUUGAGGCAACUUGGUAAUCUUCAUAAAGACAUUGCUGAAAUCGAAAAUAAACCAAUGGGGUAUGUUAAGGCAAUCAGCAUUUAUGAAACAGGAAUAGUGCAAUGCGGAGCUGACCUGCCUGAUGAGGUAUCUGAAUAUAAAAAAGAAAGGCGAUCUACUCUUGAACUUUUCUUCAAAUGUUGCGUUGGAACAGAUGUAUCAAACAAAUACAUUGAAGAUGAACAAACGAAUAAAGACAAACUUGAAGCAAUACGAAGUGAAUUGAAAGAAAGAAUCUUACAGAUUGAUAAAAACAAGGAAUGUCACUGUUAUGAAACUGGAAUCACAAUUGAAGAAGAAAAAACGAAACGUGAAGUAGAGAGAAUAAAACACAUUGGAGAGAUAUUUAAGUGGAUCUUUCAGGAAAUGAAAACGUUCAUACAAUGUCUGGUAGAGCAGAGUUUGGAUCUCCUAAAUUUCCACGAUAAUGACUUCGCCUUAAUUGCCUUUGGGUCAUUCUCAAGAAAAGAAACAACACCUUUCUCUGAUGUAGAAUUUGCUGUAGUGCAAAAUUCGGAUGAUUUGGAAAUGCAGCCUGGAUACAGAGAAACCAUAAACAAGAUGGUUAUGAUUCUUCAUCUGAAGUUCCUAGCAUUUGGUGAAACCGUCCUCCCAGCAAUGUCAGUACCGUCACUUAAUGACGUUGACCUCAAUGACAAAACAAAGGACUGGUACCUUGACUUACGAAGUUAUGUUAAUACAAAACAGGGAAUCUCAUUUGAUGGACUGAUGCCAAAUGCAAAUAAAACACCCUAUUACAUCAGUCCACAAAAUAACCGCUUCCGAUUGACAAAUACAAAAGCUGCAUUCAUAGCGAACUAUUGUGAAAUGGAAGAAAGCGAUCUAAAAAGGGAAUUAUUCUUCUUCAAAGGGGACUUUACGACACUAUAUGGAAACAAAUCUGUUGAGGAUGAUUUGAAAAAAGCAUUCGAGGAAAAUAAGGCUCGAAGAGAGACAAUUUUAAAGCUAAUAAAAAAACAGCUUAAUGAAGACUUGGUCAAACACUCCUGUAUAAAAAAAAUGUAUGACAGUAAAUACAAGAAAGAACUGAUAAAGAAAACAUCACUUAAUGUCAAGAAGGAGAUUUACCGCUUACCAAGUGUUGUAGUGAACAACUUACUGCACUUGAUGAACAGUAAUGCAGAUUGCAUAUGGGACAUUGAGGAACUGGAAGGGUUGGAAAGGACGAACAUACAUAACUUGCAAAUGAUAUUAUCAAACGCUUUAGAAGUACGACUAAGAUGUUACACAGAAAACAAUGGUCAAGUAGACGAAGAGAAAGGCCAACUGUUACCAAAGCUACUU